AUGAUAUCCACUACUGCUGCCACCGAGCCUGGAGAGAGACGACAAUGUUGGGAGUGUCGACGUCGUCGACUCGUGUGCGACUCGUCCCGACCGGCUUGUAAUAAGUGUCUUGCAGCCGGCACUGAGUGUCCGGGAUAUGGUAGUAAGAAACCACUCAAGUGGAUCACUCCAGGGACUGUCAAGUCUCGCAAUCGGGGUCGACCACCUGGAUCCGGAAAAGGCAGUACUUCUGCUGCCAAAACGAAGUCUAUGAGCAAGUCUCCGCAGGUGGAUAAUGCCAGUAUCUCUGUUGGCAGCAGUUUAAGUGCAGAGUCUAGCCCGACCACUAAUUGUCCCGAUGGGGCAAUUGACAGACUCAUCCAGGAGGCAGAAGCUGCAUUACAAUCAGAGCAAGACCCUUUGAACCCUGUGACUUUCCUCAAAAGCCUAGGAUUGGAAACAAACGACUUUUUCCAGUCUGUACUCUACUUCAACGAUUGCAUUUAUCCCGAUUUGGCAGUGAUGCACGAAUUGGUGCCGAAUCCAUAUCUCGCUCCUAUACCGAUGAUGGCGUUUCGUGAUACAUCCUCGUCUGUACGCCACACCAUUUGCUAUCUCACUCUCGGACAUCGCAUCCAGCAGCUAGCAUGGCAGCUGGAUGAAGCAGCCUUGGUAGAGGAGCGAUCUCGACUCUAUCAUCAUCGCGGUGAAGCAAUGCGGGCGUUGAGCGAGGACAUAUCCAAUGACCGGUCACAAUGUACCGAUACCACCAUUCUCAGCGUGUUAAUGUUUUUAUUUGCCGAUGUGCGGCAGUUUGCAGCGCCGUACUGGCGAUACCAUCUGACAGGUGCCACGCAGUUGAUACUCCUGCGUGGAGGUCUGAAGAAACUCGUGCGCACUUCAGCGAUGUUACGACCGUCACUUCUGUACUUCAUGAUCAUCGGCGUCAUGGGAAACACCACCAGUUCCGCAUCAGACCAGAUCCCAGCGACUUCGAACCUGGAUCUAAUCGAUCUAAUGGCAGAAGCCUACGGAGAAGGACUCUUCCCUGUAUUAUUCUGUCCACCCACACUCCUUCUCGAUAUCAUCCGGAUCAACCAUCUCCGAAUGCAAGGCUCCACCAAUCCCACGGAUGAGAUCCUCCAAACAAGCGCAUACACCUUACUCGAGCAGAUUCAGUCCUUCUCCCCAGAGCAGUGGACAGUCACAUCUGCAGCUCCCCCGCGAUGA